GAAAGCCGGCACAAGAGAUGGGAGACGAGGAGGGCGCAACGAAGCCGCGGGUGCUGCAGAUGGUACGAGCUGAUGGGGCCGGUAAAAGCUGUGUCACAUUCGUGCUGCACAACGAGGACCACACCCUGGGCAACUCCCUUCGGUACAUGAUCAUGAAAGAUCCUGAAGUGGAGUUCUGUGGCUACAGCAUCACUCAUCCUUCUGAAAGCAAAAUCAACUUCCGGAUCCAGACCAGAGGAGGCCUCUCUGCUAUUGAGGCGUUCCAGAAGGGGCUGGAGGAACUUACAGGCGUCUGCCAGCAUGUGCUUAGCAAAUUUGAGGCAAGCAUGGAGGCAUACAAGGCGCAGGAGGAUGUGAACAUGGAGUAGCCCAGUGG